AUGGCCUCCGACACAGAGCCACUGGUCUAUUCCCUGUGGACGCGAUCGCUCAUCUCCGGUGCAAUCGCAGGCCUCACAGUCGACUGCUCCCUCUACCCCCUCGACACCAUCAAAACCCGCCUCCAAAAAGCACGCGACCACGCCGCACCACCCCAGGCCUCACGCUUGACCCUACGCCAAACCAUCCGCGGCAUCUACGCCGGACUCCCCUCCGUACUCUUCGGCUCCGCCCCCUCCGCAGCGUCUUUCUUCAUCGUUUACGACGGCGUCAAGCGCUCCCUCCUCCCCCGGUCCUCCUCUCACGCACAAAAUCCCUCCCGCUCACAUGUCAUCAUCACACACUCUCUUGCGUCGUCGCUCGGCGAGAUCGCAGCGUGUGCGGUUCGCGUCCCCACGGAAGUUAUCAAGCAGCGCGCUCAAGCGGGUUUGUUCGGCGGGUCGAGUCUGGCUGCGUUGAAGGAUAUUCUGGCACUGCGCCAUGCUGAGACUCCCAAAACUGCCUCUGGCACAGCUGCACAACCAGUAGUACCUGCGCCCCGGGGCUACGGAGCAGUGAUUCGAGAAUUGUACCGCGGCGCGGGGAUCACCAUCGCGCGCGAGAUCCCGUUUACCGUCCUCCAGUUCACGAUGUGGGAAUCCAUGAAGGAGACAUACGCACAACGGUACCUACGCUCUGAGACCGGCUCCGUAAUAGACAGUCAAGUGCCCGCCUCUACGAGUGCCAUGUUCGGCAGCGUCGCCGGCUCCAUUGCCGCGGGACUGACUACGCCGCUGGACGUCAUCAAAACCCGAGUCAUGCUUGCUCGCCGCGGAGACGGCGGCUCGAACGCGCCGGUCCGUGUUAAGGAAGUCGUUCGCGGCAUUGCGCAGGAAGGCUUUGGUGCCUUCUGGCGUGGUAUCGGGCCUCGCGUGGCCUGGAUUGGGAUUGGAGGUGCUGUGUUUUUAGGUAGCUACCAGUGGGCGUCGAAUACGUUGGAGGGCCUGAGGGAGACGCAGCAGGAGUAA